CUUGUUGGAAGUCUAACAUUAUAACAAUUCAUUGCUAGUACAGGUUGGGGCACCAGAAAAACCGAGACGCCUGGUUACGUGGUUGAGUGUUUGUGCCAUCUUGGUUGUUUCAUGAAGUUUUCACCUUCAUAUGGGAGCUUGCAAAGAGCAUUGGCAUAAACUUAUUCUCUUUUGGUGUUUUUAAGAGAAAGAAGAAAUGGCUUUGUUGAGAAAAAUUAACCACAUUCUGAUGCUGCUCCUCGUCUUGAUGGUGUGUAUCAUUCUCUACAGCAAAGUUCACAAAAAAGAACCCAGAAAGAAUGAAACACGAGCAGGCUUCAAUCCAGUGUAUGAGCGAGGCAGUCAUGAUGAGGCUGGUGAGGAUGACAUCCCAGUGGUGAUCUGUGCAGCAGAGGGACGGAUGGGCGGCACUAUUGCAGCCAUCAACAGCCUCUAUAGCAAUACUGAGGCCAACGUUCUCUUCUACAUUGUGACCCUGAGAAACUCGCUGCAGCAUGUCAGAAAAUGGAUUGAGAACUCAAACCUAAAGGAUAUCAAGUUUAAAAUCAUUGAAUUUAACCCACUCGUGCUGAGAGGGAAGGUGAGACCAGAUUCCUCAAGACCAGAACUUCUACAGCCACUGAAUUUUGUCCGCUUCUAUAUCCCACUUCUUAUUCAUAAUCACGAAAAAGUGAUCUAUUUGGACGAUGACGUCAUCGUACAAGGUGAUAUCCAGGACCUGUAUAAUACAAACUUGAAGCCAGGCCAUGCUGCAGCUUUUGCAGCAGACUGUGACCUUCCUUCCACUCACGAAAUGGUGCGAAGCGUAGGAAUGCAGACCACAUAUAUGGGGUUCUUGGACUACAGAAAGCAAGCAGUAAGGGAACUUGGCAUCAACCCCAGCACAUGUUCCUUCAACCCAGGGGUGUUUAUGGCCAAUAUUACUGAAUGGAAGCACCAGAGAAUCACCAAACAGCUGGAAAAGCUGAUGCAGCAGAAUGUCCAGGAGAAUCUGUACAGCAGCGCAAUGGCAGGUGGGGUGGCCACUCCCCCAAUGCUGAUUGUCUUCCAUGAGAAAUACUCCAACAUGAAUCCAUUGUGGCACAUCCGGCAUCUAGGCUGGAGCCCAGACACUCGGUACUCGGAGCAGUUUCUUCAGGAGGCCCAUUUGCUGCACUGGAAUGGCCGAUUCAAGCCCUGGGAUUACCCAUGUGCCCACAUUGAACUCUGGGAGAAGUGGUACAUCCCAGACCCCACAGGGACAUUUGUGCUGAUCAGGCCCAGCAGCUGAAAAGAGAUCCAAAGCAACAUACAAGUGUAGAAAAGUCUGGUACUGGGAUUAUCCUCGCUCAUCUUGAUGUAAACGUACAUUCUUUUGCAUAUUUUCUAGUCUUGGUUCUACAUAUCAAAUGGCAACCAACCUUAGCACUAAAACUUAUUGACUUAUAUGUGCUCAGUUGGUAGAUUAAUUAAAAGUAGAGGGGAGAAGAAAAAAACGUCCUUCCUUGCUUUUUCAGAAUGGAGAUCAGCAGCAGUGGCAAAACUGCGUUCUUUACGGUGUUCUGCCUUGAAGUAGUACUGUAUUAAGCCUGCCUGUGUUUCACAACAGUGUAUUCAUCUGCAAACGUAACACAAUAUAUUUAACAAAUACCAACUUCUAUUCCUUUUGGAUUUUUAAUCCUUACUCUGUUGCGGACAGAUCAACAGGGUUUUCAAUUAGUUGUAAGGUACAUGGCAAUUACAAUCUCAUUGAGGCGCAGAGGGGAGAAGAGUGGGAGGGUUUCAGAUGAUGCUUUCUGAAGCAUUUUUCAUGGUUUAAGUAUGUGCUGCUCACAGCAAGGCAAGAUCAAGAGGAAAAUGUGACUUUUGGAGCACUACAAAACUGGCUGAAAAUGUGUUUGGAAUUGGAGACCGCACCUUUAAUUGUGUACAGUUGCAAUAUGGGAAACAGCAUGCUGCAGCUCCCAUGUUCAGCGUUAGUGAAGUGAUGAUCUGACAGCAUGUAACAUAGACUUCUUAUGAUUACAUGUUACUGUUUAAAAUGUUCAGUUAAAUAAGUUUAAAUUGCAGCGUGUUCGUUCUGCUGUUUCCGAUAUUAAAUACACCACAGCAAGCAGUCAUAUUUUAGAUAUUUUAAUUAGCACAAUCUGAGAGCUAAAAUUUAGUGAACAGCAUUUCUUUUUUUGUUGUUUUACUAGUCACGUAAGCUGCAGUACAUUUUAUUUUGAAUUCCUUAAUUUUUUUUUUUCUCUCAGCAGUACACUUCCUAAAUUACAGUUGCAAGUAUUUCUAUGCAUUCCGUUUUUACCUUUCUGGUGAAAGUUUGAGAAAUAAACAAUUUUUCCUGCUACAGCUGACCCUGCUUCAGUACAAAACUCACACUACAUUAUUGUUCUGCAUUAUAGUAACGUCUUAAAUUACCGUGCCUGGUUCUUUGGCUGAAGCAAUAUUAUCAGCUCAUCCUCAUAGGGAAUCUGCUGUGCAAUUAAAUCAUCCUUAAACUCCUGAUGGUAAAGUGUUGUGGUUGCUAAAGAAAAAAAUCUGUUUGUGGUACACAAAACUUUAUUUAGACACUCUACGAUUUUACUGGCAGAAAAUAAUUGGGCAUACCAAAUUGGAGAUUGAAAUUAAAAAAAAAAAAAAGGAAUUGGUAAAUGUGAAAAAAGUCUAUAUUGCUUUCACUGCUAAAAAAACAACCAGGAAUGGUUAUUUUAGGACUGAAUAGAACAUAAAGCACUUGUUUCUCAAUGAGCAGGAUUAAAAGCCCCUCGCUAGACUGCAAAAUUAAACAUACAUACAUAAAGAGGUUGCAAAAUCUUUAUUGUGCAAGGUCAGGUUGGUCAUACUUAAAAUACACCUCCCUCUUUCCUCUGCAAUAAAAAUCAGCAAACAAAUGAUAAUACACUCAUUUUUGUAUAAUACACACAAACACACUACAGUUCAAGGCAUUUCAAAUAGCUGCCAUUGUAUUAAGAGCACCUACAUCAUUUGUGCUUGGCCUCUUAAUUCAUUGGUUAGAAACAUGAAGAUACCAGUCAGAGAAAUAAGUACUAUUUUGCACUUAACCUCCUUCUUCACACAGGCCUGGCUAAAACAGUCAAAGAAUUACUGGUAUCGAUCAGGAUAAGAACUAAAAAUGAAGGAAGAUCACCCUCAUCUUCUUCAAGUCUGCAGCACAUAGAUCUACAAGUUGAUUGCAUUCUCAAAAGUAAAGAAAUUGACUUAUGACCC